AUGGGUCGGAAUGAUUCCUCUAAUUCCAAAGACAGCCCUUUCCUCUCACGACAACUGAAAAAAACUGUAGAGAUGGAUCACCAAAAUUCCUUUCCGAUCAUUGCUAUUGGUGAUUCUCUCACAAGAGGAUACUACAAGAAAGGUACUAAAUUUCAUCCGUAUUGCGUUGAAUUAAAUCGAUUACUCAACUCGGUUGCAACAACGGAUGAAAAGUAUAAAGUUUAUCAAUUCGGAGUGAGUGGAGAACAAACAAAUUCAAUGAAAGAACGAUUAUCAAGAUUUCUUAUGAAACAGCUCACUGAAUAUGAUGCUCAAUAUCAUCGUGUCGAUGAAUUGUUUGAUAACAUGACUCCAAACGCGUUACCAUUAGUACCGCCUAAUGAUUACAGAGCUGCCAUCAUUAUAGGAGGAACGAAUGAUUUAGCUUUUAUCAGAAAGAGCGAAGAUAUUACCAAUAAUUUGAUAGAUAUGUAUAAUAUUUGUUUAAAUCAAAAGAGUAUUGAAUGGAUCAUUGCAUGUUCAAUUCCUUCUUGUUAUGCAGAUGAUAUGGAAAAUUUACGAGAGACGUUUCAAGUGAAAAAGCUCCAAGUGAAUGAAAAUAUACGAAAUUUUGUGGAACAAUUCAAUCAGCAACAACUAAUACCAGGAAAGAAAAUGAUUUUUGUUGAUUUAAUGAAUGAGCUUAAUUGGAGUAAAUGUACUCUUGAUAAACGAAAGGAAUAUUGGGAUGCCGACAAGCUACAUUUCACCCCAAAAGGGUCAGACCAAUUGGCACACAUUAUAUUUUCUGCAAUGAAGAAUGCCAAUGUUUUGUAA